AUGUCGCUAUAUAUUCUCUACUCGAUGGUGUCCUCCUUCGUGGUCAUCCUAAAUUCGAAGCUUGUCGAUGCAGCUCCCUUGCCAAUAUUUGGAAAUGCUGGAAACACAACCGAACCCGCUGGUUCCUCCUUUGUUCCAUCACCCCGAGGGCGCGGUACUCUAGAUAUCUUCUUUACCUGCACAAUCACCCUUAUGCUCUGUGUCUGGACCGCAGUUCAUCCCAACAUUGUUACCAACCCGACGGUCGCCCGCUGUCUCAAGCACAGGGUUACCUAUAUGGUGCUAGGACUCGUGAUACCGGAAUGUGUCCUUGGAAUCGCCAUCAAUGAAUGGAGAGAGGCACGGAAGGUUCUUCAUGCAUGGAAGUACUCUAUGGCUAUAGCCCAUGCGAAGGAGGCUGCAGGUUUGGCAACUGAAGCCCUGAAGCGAACAGUCAUUUCGCCCAGCGAUAUUGCUCGACAGCAGCUCAAGGAAGCAACUGAUGUCGCUCAGCGAGCGGGUAUUGCUGACCCUGCAACUCCCGGUGCCGCCGACACUGCACUACCGGCAGUCAAGGCAGUCAAAGAGAAACUCAAGGAUUAUGAGGCCCUGGAAAGAAUUAUUAGGGCAAGAGAGGUGUCGUGGGUUCUCGAGAUAUUUCGUCGAGGGGUCGAGAAACUUCGGAAAUCUUUGCCAAUAUCAAACAUAUUCCUCAGGGAAACUCCGUUCGGCAUGGAGGGGGCAUUUUUUGCUGUGAUGGGAGGCUACACGUUCUGCCCACUCGAUCGCUAUGAGCACCCAGAGUAUCAGCGUACGCUCUCCGCUGACGCGAUGGUUCUUCUUCUCAGAAUGGGGAUUGUGGAUGGCAAGGGUCUGGCAAGCCUCAAGAAUGAGGUCAAGGACAAGGGAAAGGCUAACGUGCUAGCCAAGUUCUUGGUCUGCGCGCAGGCAUUGUGGAUGGUGAUGAACUGCUUCCUACGUAGGGCGGCACAUCUCCCAAUCACCAUCAUUGAGUUGAACGUAAUUGUGCAUGUCUUUUGUGCUGUUAUUGUUUACGCUUGUUGGUGGAAGAAACCCCACGACGCCGGAAGUGCCAUUUCGCUCGAUGGGUUCAUCUCAAAGCCCAUCAGUGCGGUUCUCUUUUUCAUGCAAUACCCCGAUACUCUUGAGCUUCACGUUUCGGAGCCACGCGCAGGGGAUUUUUCAAUCACCACUCGAAUCAUAAAUGCCACUAAUCAAUUCACCUUGCCCCCCAUUCCGCUUGAGAAUGCCACGCAGAAGAAUGGGAAGAGUGGGAAAGAUGGGAAAGACAGGAAGGAUGGGAAGGAUGGGAAGGAUGGGAAGGAUGGGAAGGGUGAGAAGGGUGGGAAAAAUGAAAAAAUCGAGAAAACCGAAGAAAGUGAGAAAAACGAAGAAAGUGAGGAAAGCGAGAAAAUCGAGGAAAGCGAGAAAAUGGGGCCGGAAGUCACUCAGAAUCCGGUAGAGGGAUCACUACAUUCUGAAUCGCCACCUAACGAUACAUUCGACGCCACCACAGCGAGGGAAGAGCACCUGGACGAGUCUUCGACGCCUCUGAAGCCCCAGAUAGACGAUAAUGGUCCUCCGGAAAUCCCCGACUUUACUCCUGAUGUACCCCUUCAUCUUACCGGCCAGGUAAUCGGGCAGGAUAUUCCUCAGGGUGCUGGGCAGGGGCCUGUGCAUCCCGGAUCCUCAUCCAUAGAUGUAAUUGGUACCAUCGCAGCAGGGUCAGGGCAGCAGAGCAGGCCACCUACAGCACCUGUGCACCCGCCUCUUGCAAAAUCCCGCCCUGGCACUGCUUCUGACACUCAGUAUCGACUAAAUGAGAUAGCACUUUACCGAGAGGUUGAAACCUGGGGGGGAACGCAGCUACGUCAAAUUGACCUUUCCGAUGACGAAAAGAAAGCCUGGGAAACAAUAGGCACACCUCCGCUAGACUCAUCUCGUAUUUUCAUCGACAGCAGACGUGGUGUUACUCUCAGGGCAGACUCAAGCGUGAAGUUCAACAUAACAGCUCAGGAGUACCGAAUAUUCGUAAGCGCGGCAGAAACUCUGCGCUCAAUGGACCGUCCCAAAAGUAUCAGUAAUCUAAUCGUGAUUGGAAACACACCCUAUCCUAUAUUACUGAAAUCUCCCGAGGAAAUGACGGCAGCGCAGAAUUCUUUCAAUCUCAAGGGCUUAAAGCUUAUGUGGAUACCACUGUAUCUUAUAUACGGCGGCGUUCAUUCCUUGCUUUGGAACACAUAUUUCCCCUCCCCGACCGAGCGACUCCUGUGGAGAAUCUCUUGCCUGCUUAUUGCAUUCCCUGGCCUUGGGCAUUUCGCUAUUCUUGUGGCAACAGAUCAGGUCUGGAGAAACUUUGAUGGAGACACCUUACCCGACGCGAUUUACGACUUUGCCCCUUGGUAUUUAAUCGUAGGCUUUCUGCUUGGUUGGGCGGCUGGAGCAAUCUAUGGGGGUAUCGUGGGAUUUCAUCAUGUAACCGGGUUGGUCAUCCAGCAGCACUACCGGAUACUCAUCUACGUCGCGUUGGAACUGGCGGUGGCCUUGGCUGUCAUAUGUGCAGCCUGGUUCUUGGUACAAGUGUUUAGAGGCAAAGACUGGAACCCCUAUUGGGGUUUCAGACGUUACCUGCGCUGGCUACUUGUUAUACCAAUGUGGCUCCUUCUGAUUGCAUACUUCCUGGCUAGAAUGUUCAUUUUCGUUGAAACCUUUAUAUGCUUGAGGAGUCUGCCUAUACGUGCCUACGAGACUGUUAUUUGGGAGGAGAUUUUGCCGCAUUUCUGA